AUGGCGGCUUCAUGCGACUCCUGCCGAAAUUUCUGGGGCGCCAGCUUAGCUUUUCCUCUUUUCCCGCCGGCUUCAUCUGAAGGACUCCUCUGUCUCUUUCCGGGAGUAACGUUGUCUUUUUUAAUUGGGGACGGCGCAGGCGGUUUCGUGUUAGCCAAGGGAAUCUUUUUCGGCGAGAAAGAGAGGGCUCUUGCCGAAGCGUUGGGUUGUUUUUUCAACUUGGACGGGGAAGAUGGGGCAGAGGAUGAGGGGCGAGAAGAGUCUGUCGGAGACGAUGGUGAUGAUGAUUUUGGCGCCGGAGAAGCUGGAGUCGAAGAAGAUGAUUUUGAUGCUGAUGAUGAUGACAAUGUUGGUGUUGUUAAAGACUCCUUCAACUUUAUAAUCGCCUGGAUUUUAUCAAAUGAUGGAUCGUUGACAGUCCAUGGAACAGUGACCGAAGUAUCACCCGUACGGCUGCGAGGAGGGGGGGGUGUCCAUGUCUGUGGACGCACAAGCCUUAGGGGAAGUAUCAGAUGUUGUUUGGCCCUUCCCUUUACUCUUGCUGACAACUUGCAAUCCCCUUCCUUUUCCUUAGUCAGAGGGGAAGACAGCAACACCGAAUCGGAUGAUUUCCCAUUACUGGUCUUGAUUGUUGGCUGA